GACGUGAUCGGAGUGAGGAAUCCGGGUUGUUGGAGUCCAAUGGGACUGCCCCAGUGGUCCGUCCUGCUCCUGGCGGAGGUUGCUGUCUUCCUGCUGGGGGGCUGUUCUGGCACCUCCUUGCACUCCCUGCACUAUUUCUACACGGCGUUUUCAGAGCCCGGCCAGGAGCUGCCCCUGUUUGUUCAGGCGGGCUACGUGGACGGCCAGCCUAUUACGCGCUAUGACAGCAUCACGAGGGUGAAGACGCCUGUGGUGCCCUGGAUGAAGAAGGUGCAGAGCUACGAAGCCACGUACUGGGACAGGGGGACGCGGAACUUGCGGAAUUAUGACCCGGUGUUGAGAGACAACCUGGUCGUCACAAGAAAUCGGUACAACCUGACCGGAGGGUUUCACACCUGGCAGAAAAUGUACGGCUGUGAGCUGAGCCCAGAGGGGCGCAAAAGCGGGUGUCGACAGCACGCCUACGACGGGAAGGACUUCCUUAGCUUUGACCUGGAGACCCUCACCUGGACGGCGGUCGAUACAGCGGCCCAAGCGACCAAGAGGAAGUGGGAUGCUGACUCAUCCCAUAAAAUAUCCUUGAAGGCCUACCUGGAAGAAAUUUGCAUUGAAUGGCUGCAGAGAUACCUGGAUUAUGGGAAAGAAGUUUUGCUGAAGACAGAGCCUCCAGUGGUGAAGGUGAUGAGGAAAGCGGACUACGGCAUGGAGACCCUCGUCUGCUGGGCCCACGGCUUCCACCACAGGGAGAUCGACGCCAACUGGAAGAAGGACGGGGAAGUCUGGGAGGAGGGCACCUUCCGCAGGGACGUCGCUCCCAACUCAGACGGGACCUACCACGCCUGGCUCAGCAUCAAGAUCGAUCCCAAGGACAGAGACCGCUACCGCUGCCAUGUGGAGCAUGACAGCCUGCCAGAGACCCUAGAUCUGGCCUGGGAGGAACCUGAAUCCAACAUGGGAGUGAUUGUCGGGUGCAUUGUGGGGGCCUUCCUCUUCCUGGUGAUGGUGGCUGGGAUCGCUGGGGCCGUGAUGUACAUCACACCGGCUGAAGCUGAGCAAACGCCUCUGAGCUGGCAAGCCUCCCCCAGUGUAAAAAGUGGGUCCUGGUCCUUCUGCCCCACCAUGGAGAUGUCUUCAUGCGCUGCGCACUGCUGGGACUGCCCUAAGCUUGGGAUCUCUUUGGACUGCAGGAGCUGAGAUGGACUUUCGGCUGCCUUUUUUCUUCCUCUAAUUCCUGGGUCGCCCUGUGAGUUGCGUGGGAAGGAGUUGGACUCUCUGUCCUGUAUCAGGCCUCCUUUACGGUGAGGCCAGGGCUACGACAGGGUGGUGUAAUGAGAGAGUGCCAGACUAGGAUGACACAGGUUCAGAUCCUCACUUGGCCCUGCAGCUCACUGGGUGACCCCUGGUCUAUUGUUGUCUCUCAGCCUAACCUACCUCACAGGGCUGUUGUGAGGAUGGAAUGCUUGCCUCUGGGUCAGGACAGGGAUGUCCUGCUGGAAUAAUGGUGGGCAGGGCAGCCCAGAUGAGCAGGAGAGGGAGGCAAGUGAAGCCACCAGGCGCCUGCUUCUCUUCCAGGUGGCCUGUCCCCUCUCCUGCCAUGGGGCCCUCUUAACACCAAUUGUCCCCCGGCCGAAAGAGCUUCAUACCCAAGCAUGUGCUCUAGAAACCCUGGUUGCUUUUGUGUGAUGGGUGUGCUGCUUGGGGUGUCUUUUGUGUGUUAACAUGCCCUGUGAGCUAUUUUGUGGAAGUGGAAUAUAGAUCUGCUUGAUAACUAAAGAGGGACAGUGUGGCAUAGUGGUUAGAGUGUCAGACUCAGACCUGGGAGACCAGGGUUCAAAUCCCCACCUGCCCAUGAAGCUCACUGGGUGACCUUGGGCCAGUGACACACUCUCAGCCUAACCUACCUCACAGGGUUGUUGUGAGGAUAGAAUCGGGAGGAAGGGAACUGUGUUCAUAUGCCACCUUGAGCUCUUUGGAGUAAAAAUGGGAUAUAAAUGUAAUCGGUGCAGUCGUCUGGGGUCUCGGGGUCUUAGACCCUUUACUUUUUUGGGAGCCAGGUCCCAGUAGGGUCCCUCUGUCUCCUCCAGCAUCCGAGCCAAGCGUGAAAGGGGAGUGUGUUAGCCACUGAGAAGAGUCAUCUUGUCAUGAACUUGUAUAUUUCUACGAAUUGUUAAAUCUAAUUUCUAAUACCAUGGCUCAGUACAAAGGAUUCUGGGAGUUACAUCUUGUCAGAAGACAGGCCUCUGGAAAGGCAAAAAUGUUAAGUUUCGUUUCCAGCUGAAGGCAGUUAGGGAGGCCUGAAUAGAAACACCUGGUUAUCUGUGCUAAUCAGUGAGAGCCUGGUACUCAAGGACAUGCAGGCCUGUGAAGGUUGAGAACACCGUUGGGAGGGGGGGCCUGCAAGGUGUGAAAAAGUGAAGAAGCAUGGAGAAGGGAUUACAUCAGAAAGCCCCUGAUUGGUUAAUUAAUUCUGGACCGUUGGGUUCCUUUUCCCUUAAGUAUAGGGCUUGAGACCCAUAGCCUUUGUUCCCCUGGAGAGGUUUCCCUUGAGAGGUUCCUUUUGAGAGGUUCCCUCUGGAAGGUCGCCCUGGAUGAUGCCUAUAGGUGUCCAUCUUGCUGGUGGUCGCCUAAAUGGGGUUCCAUUGUUUCUUACCUGAUGCUAUUCUCUCUGAGGAGAGAUGAGAUUGCAACCAACUACCUCCUAAGUAAGUAGACAGGCUAGACAGGUUGUUAUUUUCUUGUUGUGUGUGUGAAUGCUCUUAUGUAUACCUAAACCCCUGAUUGGGUGUGUGGUUUUGAGGAAUUGUUUUGCUGCUAUAUCUUGAUGUGCACUUACAUUUUGAAUAAAGCUACUUCUGUUUAA